CUCCGGAUGGAACAACCCGCCCCGUGCCGAUUGGAUGGCUGCCCGCGGAGCCCCGCCCUCCCCCGCUCGUUGGGGAAAACCCACCACGGCAGAUGACAUCCGGACGGGGAUGACGGGCGACAGGUCUCACCCCCCCAUCACCAUGCGGCCGCGCCGGUUCUUCAUCUUGGUGCAGGAUUUCUCUGGAGGAGGUGGGGGGCAGGUGCCCCGGGGCACCCUCCUGAGCCAGGCGGGCGAGCCCCCCUCCCCGGACUGCCCCUUCUGGGCCAAGCUGCUGGACACAGAGGCCAUGGUGCAGGUGCCGGCCCGGGCUGCGUGGGAGCUGAGCAAAGAGCAAGCCGGGAUGCUGCAGGCCGUGACCAACGGGGAUGAGCGACUGGAGCUCUUCAGGCAGGAGGGGCUGCUGGGCAGGCGGGGGGCCCUACGCCUGGGGGACCGGGUCCGGGUCCAGAUCACCUCGGCCUCUGGGGAGAAGGUCCGGGGUGUCCUGCGCUACCGAGGACCCAUGGGAGACAGCAAGGAGCAGGCUGGAGUCAUCUUCGGGGUGGAACUGGUGGGAUCAGCGGCUGGGAAGGGUUUCACCGACGGCUCCUUCAGAGGCCAGAAGUUCUUCUCAUGCCGGGAGAACUGCGGGGUUUUUGUGCCUGUGAGCCGGAUUGAGCCAGAGGAGGGGUCCGAGUGCAGCCCCCUGAUGGCUCCCCGGGGCAGCCGCCGGGCAUGCACCAGGCUCCAGCUGGCUGCAGAGGACCCCCUCAAAUCUCCACCCCUGGAGCUCGGCGAUCGGGUCUUCUUCAAGAUGGGUGACAGUGCCCCGACGGGCACUGUGGUUUUCUGCGACUAUCUGCCAAAGAAGGAGAUGACUGGGGUCUUUGUGGGGAUCUUCCUGGAUCAGCCCGUUGGCUCAUGGGAUGGCAAAUUCAAAGACCAAUCACUCUGCCACCUCCCCUCUCCAGAGUAUGGGAUCCUCCUGCCAAUCGCCAAAGUACAUAAAGAAAAGGCUGAUGAAGGCCCCAAGACCUUGAGUGAUGACUCCUCUCUAGGGCUCCUCAAUGACCUCCCGUCCCCCUCCUCUAUUCGAUACCCCCCCAGACCGGAAUGGGAGUCCCUUCAUGGCUCCCCCUCCUCCCUGUUGACGGGGGGCACCGAGGAGCGGGGUGAAGGGGAGGAGGAGGAAGGAGAGGAGGAGGAGCUGGCUUCGCCCCCGCUGGAAAUCAACUCUAUGGUGGAGGUGCACGACCCCCCAAUCUACGGGGUGAUCCGCUGGACUGGGAAGCUGCCAGAUGUGAGGGAGACCAUUGCAGGGCUGGAGCUGGAGGAGCCGCUGCCCUCGGGCUGCACGGACGGGAUCUACCGAGGGAUGCGAUACUUCCAGUGCCCACCUGGCAAGGCUCUCUUCGUCAAGCUACGCCACUGUCGGCCCGAUGCCCGCUUUGGGGUGCCCCAGCCCCCCGAGAACCCCGUGCUGCGCUGCAACUCACUGGCUUUCAGGGUCUAUGCCAGCGAGCGGGUGCCAGAGGACACCCCCCCGGGGCUGGGUGAAGAGGGGGCUCAGCGCCUGAUAGGUUGGAAGAAGGGGAUCCAGGGCCAUUGCAACUCCUGCUACCUCGACGCCACCCUCUUCUGCAUGUUUGCCUUCAGCUCUGUGCUGGACUCGCUGCUGCUGCGCCCCGCGGACAAGAACGACGGGGCAUCUUACGAGGAGACCCGGGACCUGCUGAGAACCGAGAUCGUUAACCCCCUGCGCAAACAUGGCUACGUCUGCGCCACCAAGGUGAUGUCCCUGCGGCGGGUGCUGGAGGCGGCUGGACACUCCCCGGGCUUCACCAGCGAGGAGAAAGACCCCGAGGAGUUCCUCACCCUGCUGUUCCGGGUGCUGAAGGUGGAGCCCCUCUUUAAGAUCCGGUCGGCGGACAAGGACCCCCAGGGCUGCAUCUUUUACCAGAUCUUCAUGGAGGGGAGUGCAGGGGGGGCGGGGCGGGGGGUCCCCACAGUGCAGCAGCUGCUGGAGGGGUCACUGGCUGCUGGUGACCUCAAGUUCACUGAGGCCCCCUCCUGCCUCAUCCUGCAGAUGCCUCGUAAUGGCAAAGACUACAAGGCCUUCGCCACCAUCCUGCCUAGCCUGGAGCUGGACCUUACUGACCUGCUGGAGGACACCCCCCGGGAGUGCUGCAUCUGCCAGGCUCUGGCGCUGAGCGAAUGCCCCCAGUGCUUCGGGGACCCCAGCGUCGGGGCAGGGAGCACCCGUCAGUACUGCGCUAUCUGCUGCCAGCAGGUUCACCGUCACCGUGCCCGGCGCGCCCACCGCCCCCGCGCCCUGCGCCUACCCCCAGAGCUGGAGCACCUGCCGCCCCCACCAGGCCCCCCGCCCCGCCAGACUAUGCAGCUCUACGCCGCCCUCUGCAUCCACACCAGCCACUACGUGGCCUUCGCCCGCCACGGGCCACGCCGUGGCCAAUGGCUCUUCUUUGACAGCAUGGCCGACCGCCAGGGUGGCCAGAAUGGCUUCAACAUCCCGCGGGUCACACCUUGCCCGGAGGUGGCUGACUACCUGGAGAUGAGCCCGGAGGAGCUCCAGGUGCUGGACCCCAAGUCCCUGCCCCCCUGUGCCCGACGCCUGCUCUGCGAUGCCUACAUGUGCCUCUACCACAGCCCCACCCUGGGGCUCUACAAAUAGUCUCUCCCCUGGGGUGGAGGGAUACGGCAACUGAGGAGAGGGCAACGGGGCUGCUGCCCAAUGAGGGGACUUUAUUUGCACCAUGAAUGCACCUGUGCCUUUAAGAAGCGGCUGGAAACUACUUGGACCUAUAGCUCAACCUUGGUAUCCUUAUGCCCCCUAAAAGGGCUGGAUCAGAGCUGGUGCCUCCUGUGUCCCAUUCCCCUCCCUUUGAGCCGGCCAGUCCCACAUCCUGGGGCCGGAUCGGAGGUGGCGCCCCCUAGAGGGGAAAGGCCCCAUGUCCCAUUCCCCACCCCCUGAGCCAGCCGGUCCCCCAUCCUGGGGCCAGAUGGGAGCUGGCGCCACGAGACGAGAAAGGACCUGUGACCUAUUCACCGACCUACAUGCAGGUGGUCGAGAGCAAGCACACGAGCUCUGAGCUUUUCUACACCCUGCUGGGGGGCAUCAUAAGAGGGCCUGAACUCACGGGUCUUCGGGGCUGUCCCUCAGCCCCACUUCUUCUGCUGCUUCCCCCCGCCCAUUCCCCCCGCCUCCCAUGGCCAGUAGGUGGUGAUGGCCCCUUUGUGACACUGCCAUUAAAAGCGGACAGGACUGAAAAAUCCCACUGCCGUGGGCCUCAACCAAACCAGAUUUAAGACUCAUCCUUUGCAAACCUGCCUGAGUAAACUGGUGACUUAUGGUAUCAUGGCGCCAAGGAGAACCGGACCUCCCCGGUCUUUAUCUCAGUAGCUGGGCUCCAGUGCCACUUUGCUGUAGAGGCUUGCUGCACCGAGCAGCCGCUGGAGACAUCCUGGAGGGCUUCCAGGAGAGAUGGGGGGCUGCGUGGACAUCCCUGGACAAGGCCAGAGCUUGGCUGGAAUCCGGGGUGCAAUUCUGGGCCCCAGCCGUUCCAAAAGGAGGGAUUUAAAGUGGAGCAGGUGCCGAGAAGGGACGACCAGGGGAACAGAGAGUCGGGCUGACGGGAGGGGAGUGAAAGAGCUGGGCUUGUUUAGUCUAGCGAAGAGCCGGCCGAGAGGGGAUCUGUCUGCCGUCUAUAAAUACAUCAGGCCGGGGGCGGUCUAAAUACCAGGGAGGGUGAAGAGCUAUUGAAGCUCAAGGACAAUGUUGGCAUGAGAACAAAUGGCUGCAAACGGGCCAUUAACCAACUCCAGCUGGAAAGUAGGAGGAGGGUUCUCACCACCAGAAGGGUGAGGUGCUGGAAUGGCCUCCAAUAGGAGGUGUGGGGGCAAGUAAGUAGAUUUAAGGCUGAGCUAGGCAAAUGCAUGAGCGCGAUUGUGUGACGGGGAAGGAGCCUUGGAGCCAAUUGUCCUCUGUUCAUAAUGGUCAUGCUUCAGGGUUCCAGCCAGCCACCGGUAGGGGUCAGGAAGGGAUUUCCCACCCAGUGUAUGCUGGGAAGUUAUUUUUGAAUCACCUUCCUCGGAAGCCCCAGGGAUGGCCCCUUCUGGAGAGGGGCCAUUGGACAGGGAGGGCAGAGGUCUGAGGUGGCUCUGAGUAUCCUCUCUCUCAGGUGCUCGUCUGGCUGGUUCUUGCUCAUAGGCCUGGAGUCUCGCUGGUUGCCGUAUGUGGUCCAGGGAAGCAAUUUUCCCUCAGCGGAGCUUGGCAGGGACCUGGGGGAGGUCUGUCUUCCUCUGCACCAUGUGGGUGCGGGUCACUUGCCAAGAUUAGCAGGAUUCCAUGAGGUGGGCGUGGGCAUUGGGCACUAAUUGGAGAAGUGGGGGAUUAAACUCCGGCUCUGGGUAGACAAACCCGAAGAGCGACCUGACUUUGUGCCGAUUGUGUUCCCAGAGUGGAUUGCGAUUCACCCCCCCACGCCCCUGAGCUACUAGCUUCCCUGGCCCUUAGUGAUGAGGAAGGUCUCAAGGAGCGUCAGGAAGUUUCAUUAUCCCCUGCCAGAUUGCUCCUGCCACCCCUCAAAAGACCCUCACUUUGUGUGGGCCUGCUGCUGCCUCUGUGUCAUGCCCAGGGUUUGGGUGGUCAGGGCUGGUGCCAGAGAGAUCCCAGACCUUAGGUUGGGGUCUAAGAGCGAUAUCCUGAGCUGGGGACCAGGAUCAGGGGCAAAAGCUGGUGGCAAAGCCCAAGUACCGAUGCUAGGGGUUGGGACUGGGGUCAGCAGACUGAACCGAAAGAUGGGCCCAUCUCUGGCUGGCUUCCUUGCACAGCCACUUUCUGGAACGCCUCCUGGGUUCAAAUAGAGCAUCUGGGCCAAUCAGGGACCAGGAGGAAGCUGUCACUCGGUCCGGCUUUCCAAGGCGGUACUUCCUGUGGUGGUGAUCUUCCCGGGGAGGGUGCCCGUGGCCUGGUGGUGUCGGCCACCCCUGCAGAACCUCACCCCUGAGCCUGCUGCUCUCCUAGAGCCGAGCCCCCAGGAAAUCCUUCUGGGGAUCCCUCUGGCUGGCAAGGGUGGGACCUGGCUGUGCCAGGCCAAUAUGUGAGGAAGGUGCUAGUGGCACCUCAUCGGAUUGGAGGGGAGCAGUGGCCCCACCCAGGGGAAAGAUGGAGCGCGGGCCAGCCGAUCACCCCCAGAAGGCUGCGGAGGGGAGGGGACUGUGUAACCAUCCGUCCUUCCCACCCCGAGAAGACUUGCAGGAGCA